CAGGUUAGUAUCUAUUAGUGGUAGCCUAUCGACAUCAUGAAACGCAGGGGUCCUCCACCUCAAGCCGGCCAAAUUAAGUUUACAAUUGCGGAUACGCUGGAACGGAUAAAAGAAGAGUUCAACUUUCUACAGGCACAAUAUCACACAUUAAAAUUGGAAUGCGAAAAAUUAGCUAGUGAAAAGACUGAAAUGCAAAGGCACUACGUUAUGUAUUACGAAAUGUCCUAUGGCCUUAAUGUGGAAAUGCAUAAACAGACUGAAAUAGCAAAACGACUAAAUGCAAUUAUCGCCCAAGUGUUACCUUUUUUGGCCCAAGAACAUCAGCAACAAGUUGCUACGGCUGUUGAACGAGCUAAGCAAGUUACCAUGACAGAACUCAAUGCUAUAAUUGGGCAACAACAGCAGCAAGGAUUGCAGCAGUUGCUUCAACAAAUUCAUGCGCAGCAGCUACCUCACGGAGCUCACGGACCUGGAUUACCGAUGGGUCCCCAUCCCGGAUUACCAGGAAUGGGACCGGCAGCAGGACUGCUUGGUUUUGGAGCGGGACUUGGCGCUGGAGUACCAGGUACCCCCGGUGGCCCACAUGCAGCGGUUUCAGCUAGCGCACAUCCUUUACUUAAACCGACUGAUUUACAUUCAAGAGAUUCCACGGAUCUCAAACGACCAGGUUCUGUGAACAACGACGAAAGACUGCACAAAUUGUUUCAGAAUUCUGUCUCGCCGGGGGAUAGAGAUAAAUACAGAUCGCGGUCUCCACCGGAUGGCGAACAAGAUAUUAAAAGAAGAAAGGAGGAUAAAUUAGGUCACGAGAGUGAUGGGGAGAAAAGUGAUCAAGAUUUAGUUGUAGAUGUUGCUAAUGAGGAAAUAGCUUCUCCCCACCCUAAUGGCGAACAUCCAUCCUUAAGUAAUGCAGGUGAUGGUCGAGAGAAUGGAAGUAUAAACGGCGAUAAAGUAAAAGUGGAGCGGCCUCCUAGUCGAAGUGGCUCUUCCUCAUCCCGAAGUACACCAUCACUGAAAAGUAAAGAUGAAAAGCCAUUGACACCAAGUUCAAAACCUCGCUCUACAACUCCUAACAUGUCUGCAAAUGCAAGUGGGGGUGGUCCAAAAGUAGGACUAGGAGCUUAUCCUGCAUAUGCUUUAGGCGGAAGUCGAGCGCCAGAACACUUAGCUCCUUAUAAUAAUAUAGCACCAUCACCUUAUGCAAGGCCACCUUUAUUAGGCUACGACGGGCACCCGCAUUCCAGGCCUCCAAAUAUUGCAACUAACGGUUUAGGAGGUUUAUCAGGAGGAAAACCAGCUUAUUCCUUUCAUAUGAAUGGAGAGGGUCAACUGCAGCCCGUUCCAUUUCCUACAGAUGCUCUUAUAGGACCUGGCAUCCCUAGACAUGCUAGGCAGAUCAAUACUUUAAAUCACGGAGAAGUUGUGUGUGCAGUUACCAUAUCUAAUCCUACAAAAUACGUUUAUACUGGAGGCAAAGGCUGUGUUAAAGUUUGGGAUAUUAGUCAACCUGGUUCUAAAACACCUGUUUCACAAUUGGAUUGUUUGCAACGCGACAACUACAUAAGAUCGGUCAAAUUAUUACCAGAUGGGAGAACGCUGAUAGUUGGCGGAGAAGCAAGUAAUCUCUCAAUUUGGGACUUAGCUAGCCCAACACCACGAAUUAAAGCCGAAUUAACCUCUAGUGCACCUGCAUGUUAUGCUUUAGCAAUUAGUCCAGAUUCGAAAGUGUGCUUUAGUUGUUGUUCAGAUGGAAAUAUCGCCGUAUGGGAUCUUCACAAUCAGACACUAGUGCGGCAAUUCCAAGGUCAUACAGAUGGCGCAUCUUGUAUAGACAUUUCCACAGAAGGUACAAAAUUGUGGACAGGCGGUUUAGAUAAUACAGUAAGAAGCUGGGAUCUUAGAGAAGGCAAGCAACUGCAACAGCACGAUUUUAACUCGCAAAUAUUUUCGCUUGGUUACUGUCCAACUGGCGAUUGGCUUGCUGUUGGUAUGGAAAAUUCUCACGUCGAAGUGUUGCACGCGUCUAAACCAGACAAGUAUCAAUUACACCUACACGAAAGUUGUGUUCUUAGCUUAAGAUUUGCUUCUUGUGGAAAAUGGUUUGUCUCUACUGGUAAAGAUAAUCUAUUAAAUGCGUGGAGAACACCUUACGGAGCGAGUAUAUUUCAGUCUAAAGAAUCGUCUAGUGUAUUAAGUUGUGACAUUUCAACGGACGAUAAAUACAUAGUAACUGGUUCUGGUGAUAAAAAGGCAACAGUGUACGAAGUUAUUUAUUAAACAGUGUGGGUGGGGCCACCUUAAACAAUACCAAAAAGUGUAAUUACGAUUGCGUGAAACAGUAUUUAAAACAUUUAUCGAUGAGUGAAUGUGUAGGGAAUCAUACUUUUAUCAGUCAGUAUUCUACGAUAAUUAAAACUUUUGUAAGAGUCGUGUAUAAUUCCAUUUGUAAACUGCAACAUCGCUAGUAUUGUGUACAUUAUCUGAGUGAACAAAAAACAAACAAUUUUUUAUCAAUUUGUAUUUACCUUAUUUUAUUUUUGUUUUAUCAUUUGUUUUUUGUUUACUCCAUGAUUGUUAAGUGUGUCAGUUAGAUGUUGGAAAAGCACAAGCAAUUGAAAUUCUUGCCUACUUUUGACUUGUUAUUCAUAUCUUGAUGUUUAGAAAAACGAAAGAUUAGGUAGGAUAUUUUUCGUAAUUAAAUAUAACUAUAAUAAAAGAACAUUUACUUUUCA